GUCAAGCCAGGGACUCUGCAACAGGAUCUGUUCAAGAAGAGUAAUCAGCCCUAUGUUCUGCUAGUCACCGAAAGCAGGGAGCUUCAUACGGACAUGGCUCAAAGCACUCGCAUCCUCCUGUCUAUGAAGAAAGGCUACAUUUUUAUUCAGACAGAUAAGCCUAUAUACACACCAAGUUCCACAGUAAAAUACAGGAUCUUCAUUCUGGACAAUGCUAUGAGGCCAGCAGAUGACACAGUUACAGUUGCUGUGCUUAAUUCAAAAGGGAUGGUGGUUAAAAAGUCAGACCGGAAAAUAAAAACAGUGUUCAGUGAAAACUUUGAGAUACCGGACAUUGCUGAGCCUGGAACAUGGAAAAUCAAAGCCUGGUUUCAUCAAUAUGAAAUGUCUAAUGCUUCUGCUGAAUUUGAAGUUAAAAAAUAUGAACUUCCAUCCUUUGAAGUCAAACUCACUCCGCUUCAGCCAUACUACCACAUCUGGAAUGAAAACUUUGUGUUUGAUAUCGAGGCAAAACACUCUUAUGGGAAAGGGAUUCAAGGUGCCUCAUAUGUGCGAUUUGGCAUAAUUGAUGAAAAUGAGAGAAAAGUCUUUAUUCCAGGCCUGGAACAACAGCUAUCAAUUCAAAAUGGAAAAGGAAGAGUUACUUUAAAUACACCACUUUUGGAAGAGAAAUUAAGAAGGAGCAUUUCUACCCUGGAAGGGUUUCAUUUAUAUGUUGCUGUUACCACUGUAGAAACUGCAAGCGGUGAGAUGAGGGAAGAGGAGCUCAGCAAUGUGAAGUUUGUGAAAUCACCUUAUGCUGUUGAUUUGUCUAACACCAAAAAGUAUUUUGUGCCUGGAGCCCCCUUCUCGGUUGUGGCAUCUGUCACUUUGAUUGAUGGCUCUCCUGCUGCCUCUCUACCUGUCACUGCUACUCUCACCUUGCCUGGAAAGACCCCAGUGAAGAAGACUGCACUUUCUAAUAAAGACGGUCUGAUCCCCUUUACAUUCAACAUCCCUGGAGAUGCUCAGAUGCUUCAAAUAAUGGUAAAGGCUGAAGAGGGAAAAGAAAAAUUAGAAUCGCCUGAAACCAGUAUCAGAGCUGAAAGAUACCAGUCUGCUUCCCAGAACUACCUCAGUAUCAGCAUCCCACAUACUAUUGUGGCACCUGGAGAUACCUUACGAAUCACCUUGAAUGACAUUCAUCAGCCUGGCAGUGGAAAGAUUGACUCUUUCUAUUAUAUG